AUGCAUCGGGCGAUACUAGGUUUUCUUUUUAAUGCUUGGGCUACUACAGAAAUAUUUGAACAGGAUUUUCAAAAUUUAACAAGUCGAAAAAUGAUGAUGGAUAAUAAACUUGCAUUUUCAAAUUCAUUGACAUCUCAAUCACCAUUUAGCGGCAGAUAUUCACCAACAAAUCUUUACAGAGUAGCAGCGGCUGCAGCUGAUAGUCGUCGAUAUAUGCCAACUGCAUCGUGGAAGAGUAAUUGUUUUGUCGAUAAUUUCAAAUUUGAUCCUAAUGGAAAUUUUUUUCCAACGAUUGACGAUUCAUUUUUGGCACGUGCCGAAGCCUUAGCAAAACCCGAAUCAUUUUAUCCGUCUCAUUUUCCUUCAACAUUUUCCAAUCAAGUCGCCGUUGCUAGAUUUGAGUCGUCGAAUGUUGUUGAUCAUCCAAAUCAUGUUGGCCUCUCAAUGACUUCGUCAUCAUCAUCACAAGAUCAACUCAGUCCACAUCAUAAUCCAUUUUAUAAUCAUUCAGUAAUGAAUGGUAUGUCUGUACAUCAAAUAGCAAUGCAUCCACACGAUCUCGAUAUUGAUCCACGUGAACUAGAAGGCUUUGCCGAAAGAUUUAAACAAAAACGUAUUAAAUUAGGUGUUACACAAGCGGAUGUCGGUCAACAAUUGUCAAGAUUAAAAAUGCCGGGUAUCGGAUCACUCUCACAAUCGACGAUAUGUCGAUUUGAAUCAUUGACAUUGUCACAUAAUAACAUGGUAGCUUUGAAACCUGUCUUACAUGCAUGGCUUGAAUUUGCUGAAGCCGAAGCAAGAAGUAAGAAAAAAGAAGAACUCAAUGGUCAUAAUAAUAAUGAUAAAAAACGAAAACGAACAUCGAUUGCUGCACAAGAAAAACGUUUAUUAGAAGGUUUCUUUUCAGUACAACCACGUCCAUCUGGUGAAAAAAUAGCACAAAUUGCAGAAAAAUUAGAUUUAAAAAAAAAUGUUGUACGAGUAUGGUUUUGUAAUCAACGGCAAAAACAAAAACGAAUGAAAUUUUCAGCAAUUCAAUCGGACUGA